AUGCCCCGGAGCCACCCUAACCCGCGGGACCCGCCUCGGCACCCAGCACAGCCCUCGGAACACGCCUCGGCACCUGGCACAACCCUCGGCCCGACCACCUCGCCCUACAUCCGGCACCCGGCGCAGCCUAGCCAACCACAGGGCACCACGCAAGUCAUCUGCGACCCGCCUCGGUACCUAGCACAGCCCUCGGAACGCGCCUCGGCACCUAGCACAACCCUCGGCCCGACCACCUCGCCCUACAUCCGGCACCCAGCGUAG